GAACCAUUUUUCAGGGCAGUUCCUGACCUGAGCUUCGCCUUCUAUCCAUCAUCGCAUCGCAUCCGCCCGCCAGCCUGCAUUGCCCGUGCAACACCACGCUUUCCUCCCAACCUCGCUCGUUCUUGCAGAUCUCUUAUCAAUCGUAUCAACCACAUCAACUAUCAUGGCUCUUCCCACCACCCUGGCCGAGCUGGUCGAGCUCGUUGAUUUCGACCAACAGAGCCUCUUCAUCUCGGCUGCUGCCAUCGCCUUCAACCCGACCUUUUGGAACAUCGUUGCCCGCAGAGAAUACCACACAAAGUUCCUCAGCCGCGCCCUCGGAGGCAACCGCCGAGCAUGCUACGCCCUUGCCGUCACCAUCUUCUCGCUCGGCCUCUUCCGUGACUUCCUCUACGAGCGUGCCCUGCGCGACCAGCCCUCGCAUCCCGCCCUCGAAGGGCCUCUUGUGAGCUACGCCGCGUAUGCGCUGCUGGCUGUCGGCAACAUCUUCGUCCUAUCCUCCACAUGGCAGCUGGGCAUCACAGGGACCUUCUUGGGCGACUACUGCGGCAUCCUCAUGGAUGACAUCGUGACGGGUUUCCCCUUCAACAUCACCAACGCCCCGAUGUACUAUGGAGCGACCAUGAGCUUCUUGGGCACCGCCCUGCUAUACGGGAAGCCGGCCGGCAUCCUCUUGACCCUACACGUCCUAGUGGUGUACCUCGUCGCCAUCCAGUUCGAGAACCCUUUCACUGCUGGCAUCUACGCCAAGCGCGACAAGGAGAGGGCCAAGGCCGCCGGGAAGCCGUACGAGGGCAAGAAGGAGCUCUAAGCUCAGAUGCCGUAGAGGAACUCCGAGAUGAUAAUGGGAGAAGGGCUGGGCAUGGAAGUUCGAUCACACGGCAGUUGGGUACACCGAGGGCUCUGGAAACAUCACGACAGGCCGAUAUUGGGCAUGCCGCGGCCCGCCUAGUCCAGCGCGCGAGGUCUGGCGUGAGGGGCUAGAGCUUGGCAACGGCGAUCGGGAGAGCUCUGCCCUUAACAGCGUUGGUUGCGGUGCGGGAGGCACAUGGCAGCGGGCCGGCCACAGCAAGGGUUUGAGAUAGCUACUUCGGUGCCGUCAAAUCAACUAUCCUAGCGAGCCAAAAUUAGACAUAUAGAGACAUGCAGAUGAGAUAAAUUUGUUUCCAA